GUAAUGGAGACUUGCUGGGAAAUGGUAGAGGCAGUUGACAAUGAACAGAGAGAAAGAAAAACGCGGUUGCAGAUAUUGGAAGAAGCUCAUGAAGGAGAGUGUGUUACUGGUUGUGACGAGCAAUGGAAAUAUCUGGCCUUGCAGACACUGGAACGAAACAACUGUUCUGCUAAGGAAUUUGGAAACGUGAUAAAAAAUGCCUUGACCAAUCGACAGGGAAAACGUAGACGGGCGUAA